AUUAAGUUUUAAUAAACAAGAUAACUCAAUUAGUAAGUAUUCAUUCAUCCCCUUGAAGUAUAAUUUUGAGGACAAAUAAUACGAAUCUGAGUAAAAAAGUCAAAGAAACUAAUUACCAUUUUGUUUAUUUUUUUUUCUUGAGUAUGUAAACCUUUCACAAAUCCGGGACCCACUUGAUUUGAGAAUAAGAUGACUAACACAGUCAUCAAAACACUACUGUAAUUAGUCCCAUCCUACACCCCACCGGCCACUCAAAACUCAAAAGCUAUACGGACUCUUCAAUUCACAAAAUAAUUAAAGUAAUCCGGUAGCUGAAUAUUGUACACAAGCGCACUCUCGCUAAAGUCUAAAGCCUAACAGUAAUAAUACACUCCAGAUCGAUCCAUCUACCUCCUUCUUCAUCAUCAAAAUUAAAGCUUCUCUUUAAAAUAAAAAUGACAUCAAAAGACUGUGGGCACGACGACGAUGACAAGAAAGAUACAGGUCGUCGCAUAGUUGGUGGCAUCGUAACCUUCAUAGUGUUGGUACUGUUGGUGAUAUUCAUAAUAUGGUUAGUUCUCCGCCCAACAAAACCACGUUUCAUCCUCCAAGAUGCCACCAUCUACGCAUUCAACUUAACAACACCAAACUUGCUUACAGCCACUUUUCAAGUUACAAUCUCUUCACGAAAUCCAAAUAAUCGUAUCGGUGUUUACUAUGAACGCCUUGAUGUCUAUGCUUCCUACCAUAACCAACAAAUCACACUUCCUACACGGUUGCCUUUUGCUUACCAAGGUCAUAAAGAUAUUACUAUUUGGUCCCCUUUUCUUUAUGGUAAUUCUGUUCCUAUUGCUCCUUAUUUGGGUUCUUCACUUCAACUUGAUCAAAAUGCUGGUUUGGUUUUUAUGAAUAUUAAGGUUAAUGGAAGAGUUAAAUGGAAAGUUGGAACUUGGGUUUCUGGGAAAUAUCAUUUGAAUGCUAAUUGUCCAGCUUAUAUUACUUUUGGAAAUCGAGGUAAAAUUAAUGGUUUUAAUGUUGCUUCUGCAACUGCUGUUAAGCUUCAGCUUUCUAGUGGCUGUCAAGUUGAUGUUGCAAUUUAGUAAUAAUAAUAAUAAUAAUUAUUAUUAUUAUUAUUAUUAUUAUUAUUGGAGUAUUUGUAUUUGUACCUUUCUUUUUCUUGUUUUAUUAGCUGUAAUCUGUAUGUUCCUAUACAAUUAUUAUUAGUUUUUGCCUUUAAUUUUCUGGAGGGGUUUUACUGAAAUUGAAGGAUAGAUGUGGGUUGAUAAACUAAAUCAAGAACACUCUUAUAUCAUGUUUGGAAA